AUGGCUCCCGCGCCACAGCAACCCACGAUGUGCCACUCCUCCGCCUUCUUCGACCCCUCCUCGCCAUGGCCACCCGACGAUGCCUGCGCUAGCCCAGCGCUUGUCGUCCUCAACCAACGGCUACCCCGCUUCGCGCCCCUCCUCUGUUCACAAGCGGCGGUGCGGGUAUGCGCGGACGGCGGCGCCAACCGCGUCUUCGACGACAUGCUAGAGCUGCUCAUCGUGCAGGACCCUGACGAGGUCCACAGGAAGUAAGGACUCAUCCCUGACCACAGAUUGCUCCCUGUUCCGUCUGUUGUGUCGCACAUGGGAGUAAGAUCGAGCGAGAUGUGCUUGGCUCGUUUCAUCGUUUGAACAAGACCGUUCCCGUACGUUGGCGUGCUCCGUUCCAGUCUGCCAUUGCUGCCUUCUCGCUUAGUCUGCUCUGACCCAUGAUACGUUUUUGCAUUGGGUUCAUCAGGACAAAAGAUGCUCAGGAUGACCAGCGUACCAAUUAGUCUAUCAGAUUUGAUAUGCUUUCCAAAUAUGGAAGCUCUGGUGAUGUUUCGAGUCAGGCAGAUUGCAUGCCCACAAUGUGCUUGAUGCAAUGCUUGCCUGGAGCGGUGACUAUGUUAGUGCGUUGCAUGUGCUGUGCAUAUCUGAUGCUGGAGAGGUGUAAAUGUUUCUGAUAUGUUCCCCCGCACAGUUGCUUCUAUGGUA